AUAGAAAAGCAGCAGAGAUAAAGCGAGGGAGACAGAGAGGAACGACAGUGGCAGGGAUACCGGUGAGAAAAAACAAAUGAGGAUGCAGGUUUGAGACAGGAUGACAACACCUGACCACGAUGGAGCUGAGUUGGAUGGACUGGAUUAGCUGAUGAAGCCUUUUAAUGACUGCGAGCGUGUUGAUAAGGGAAAAUGAUGGAGAUCAACAAAUACUGUCAGAUUGAGCCAAGAAGAUUUAAUUGGAUUCAGUUCUCCACCCACUGCUCUCCUUCUUUCUGUUCCUCUGUGUCUGAUUGACUAAUACGCUGCCUGAUAAACACUUAAAUGGCUCUGAAAAGGUAGUCAAUAAACAACUGCAAAGAAAUGCAGUCAUGCUGGAAAAUUGUGGGACUGAAGAUGAGCCAAGAUCAGUAACACUGUGGACAUAAAAACUGGACAUAUUCGUCUGAUCUUUUCUUAUGUUUCUCUAAAAUCAGUGUGGAAUGUAGAAAUACAUCUCCAAGGAUAAUGUAGAUGUAGGUGUUUACAGUACAUGGAGACUUUGAGAAGAAGAAUUUUCUUUUCGACACAAGAUUGUCCUGACAUCUCAUCAUAACAGAAGAUAUAUGGUUCAGUAUAUUAAAGUGAAUGUAACGUUGCUUCAGUUCUUUCAGUUUUUCAUGGCCCUCGGAAAGCCAGCUGCCAUGUGUCUUGCACAUUCUGAAAGGCCAGUUUCAAGCAAUUCUUUUCAGAUUUUGUGAAAUCAACAACUUCACAAUUCACACUUCAAACUUCACACGUGCCUCCCACCGACCCCUCCCACCAUCAGCUAUCCAUCCAAGCAUGGGCAAGCCUCUUAGCCGUCCUGGGUGUUUCAGGAAGAGCUCCUGCUGCCUGGAGAAACAUGGAGCUGGAGAUGGGAGAGUGGGAGGGCGAGAUGGGGGAGUGGAAGGGGGAUAUGGAGAUGGCUACAUACCCCAGCGUUCCAUCUAUGACACCAUGUGUAUCAAUCAACAGAUUGACAGCCAUCACCACCACCCUGGAGGGUCCAUACGGCGAGAGGGGGGGCUUGAGGGAAAUUUUAGCUACUCUGCAAGUGGCUCCCUCAGGGUUUGCAGAUCCCCAGCCGAUAUGUUUGACCCACAGCCCCGCUCUUUAACUCCAAAUCCCUCAUUUGUUCGGCGAUUGGAUGAAAGAGCCAUUUAUGAUUCUUUGAAGCUUGGGGGUCAGGAUGUCAAUGGUGGUGGCUGCCACUCCCCAGAACAUUUUACCCGAUCAGUUUCUCCCUCUGUAUCCUCAUUCUCAGCACCAGGAGUUUCCUCCUCGUCUAAGAAACAUCACCACCACCAUCACCAUCACCAUGGAGACAGCACAAAGAGCAGAGAUGGACGACAUUCCUGGAAAGUCUUGACACCUCCACAACACCUAGAGUGUGUGGAGCUUAGAACAAAUGAAAUGAUGGACAGAGGAGGGGGAUAUUUAAAUCCUGGGCAUUAUCCUCCUCAAGGAGGUCAGUCCUCCUCUCUUACCUCUCCCCUUAUUUCCCCCUUCUCUGGCUCUCCACUUUCUUCAGGCUACCAUACUCCAGUUUUUUUCUCACCUGCCAAACCUCGUCCCAGUCAAUCUCAGAGUUUGCGUUGUUCCCCUCCCCAUGUCGUUCAACCAAGGCACUACUCCCAAACCCAGAGUCUACGGCUGUCACCACCCCAAGAGCUUAAACGUUCACCCUAUCGAUCUCCACUUGUUCAGCUGUCCGCUCAUGACCUUGAGCAGGACCUGAGGGAUCGUGGAGGAGGGUGGAACCGCAGUGAGCGAGAAAGGGAAUGGGAGAGGGAGAGGGAAAGGGAGAUGGAGCGAGGGUGGGCCCAGCGAGAGUGGGAAAGAGAGAGGGAGAGGGGGAGACUGGAGAGGGAGAGAGCAAGAGAAAGAGAAAGGAGGGAAACAUCAUUUUUUGGGACAUUUGGGUAUGGUCGGCCAGUUCCUCUGAAUUCAGAGAGGGAUUCUGUGUUUUUAGAUCAUGAACAUGGUUUAGACACAACACCCCUGUUGCUUCCCCAGCCCUCACCUUCACCAUCCCCCAGUGCUGCACCCAGAAUGGGCACCAGUGUUGUGGGUAGGAAUAGAGCUGGGUCAAAGGUUGGCCUUGAAAAUGUAGGUGGUGGGAUGGUUUCCAAGUUUGAUAAUGGGAGUAUUGGUUUGGUGUUAGUUGACAGCAAAUCUGGAUGUGGGCCAAGGUUAGUAAGUGAGGUUGAUGCUGGGAUCCAUCAUCACAGGUGUGAAAGCAGAGACAAAUAUGAUAAAGGAUCAAGGCCUAGCAUUAAAAAUGGUUCUGAAAUAAGAAUGGGUCCCCAGGUGAAAACAAGACCAGGAGGACGGGAUUUUGAAGGCAAGGUGCAGUCUGGGGUAGCAAUAGAAAAUAUGGCUCUAUCUGUAAAGGAGGGACACAGGGGAGCAACAACUGGAGAAAAAAAUGGAAGGGUUUUGGCUAAAUCAGAAUAUAGUGCUGAGGCUACACCUUCAAUUCUAAGUGAUACCGAGAACAGGGAUGGGCCAAGAAAUGAACCUGAGAUUGGAGCUGAAUCUGAUCAAGAAAUAAAGCCAGAGUUUCAGGCAGGCAUUGGGGCUAAAGUUAGUUCAAAACAGGUGGAGAAUGUGAUUGUAAAAGAAGCUGGAAUCGGUCCUAAAGUUAACAAUGAAGUUUAUUCAGCUGUAGAGUACAGAGUAGAUGCCAAACUUAACAAAGAAGUUAGGAUGACAGCCGAGCCUGACACAGUGCAAGAGGCAGUGGUUUUAGAUGAGACAGGGUCCAAUAAUGUUGAGUCUGCAAUUGUCAGUGAAGUUCAGGACAGCACUGAGACUACAGAUAAAGCUGUUACUGGACACAAGAAUGAAACUGCCCCAACCUAUCAGUCUGAUAAAAAGCCCUUGGACAUUGAAAAAAGUGAAACUAGCCAUAAAAAGAAAGGCUCCAGGUCGCAGAAGUCCAAAUCUUCCAAGUCUAGUUCCAGGACACGACCUGGCACAGCCACAGGGCUGCGACCAGGCAUGGUCAGCCCACACAUAAGCAGAGGGCUUGGAGACCUUGAGUCACCAGCCCCCUCUGACGGCAUCGAAUCCACUUGGCCUCGCCGUAUCAUUGUUAGAAAGAGGACUGUAAGGCAAGGUGGGGCACUCCACAACCUCCCUAUUCUCCCCCCACUCCCUUCUGUCCUCUCAGCUUUAGAGAAAAGAAGACCACAAGCCCUUCUGCAACUGCGUUCAGAGAACCUUCCAACAAGCAUAAUAAAUUUUGUGGGGCGAUGCUCACUUAAAGAACCAUCCAAUUUAGAAUCAGCACAGGUGGCCAGUUUGGUGGGCAGGGCCUCCUUGAAGGAGCAGAACUUGGAGCACUGGAGGGUCUGCAGAGAGUUGGAUGAGCACAGGACAUUGGGAAGCAAGGAGAAAGAUGCAGAGAGCAGUAAGAAGAUGAAAAGGGAGGAGAGGACUGGUACGGAAGAGAAUAGAGAGGAGGAGAGAGACAAGAGAGACAAAAGGACCAAAGUGGGUGAGGAGAAAGAGAAGGUUACUGUCUUUGAGGGACUUGUAGAGGAAACCAAGCAAGAAAUGAGACUGGAUGAACAUGAAGUCCAAGCUAAUGCAAACAAAUCUACAAAAGUGGAGAAUGAUGCUGAAACAAUAUCUGACAAGUUGGAGGGUAUAAAAGAUGGGAUAAAAGAGCGACAUGGACAAGAGCUGGAGGUGGUUAAAUUACAAAAGGAAGAAGGUGAAGUGGAGGGAGGAGAUGGAGAGACACUAGGAGAUCAACGGGGCCCAGAGAGUUGGGAUGCUGUCCUUGACAUGGUUAACACAUUGUGGGAUGAUGGCUGGGAGAAAGGGGGCAAAGGAGGAGAAGGUGAUACAGAUUCCUUCUCUGGCUCUCUGCAGCGUUGGCCUCUUCUUCGGCCACCAGUUGGCUUUGGAGGAUCCCACCCGCCCUCCUCAGCUGCCUCAGAGCUCAGCCUUACAGAAUUAGAAAGGAGAGCAAGGGAGCUGGACUCUGACCUGGAGCACUUAGACCUAUCUCAGCCCCAGAGAGGCAAACGUGAUUUAAACAACACACUGCUGGAGCCACAGAGGCAGCGAGCUGACAUGUAUCAAACACAUCCUGGGCCUCAGAGAGAGAAGGUUCCAUUGUUGACAGGAGUGGGGAGUCGAUCUCAGGUCAUUCUGGAGCUCACAUCUAUGGCCUCACCAGCCUCAGACACAGACAGACCUGUUGACUGGACAAGCCAAGGCACUGGGACGUCCACUGCUGGCACAAGCUCGACUAAGGAGGACAGCUCUCCAGACUCCAAUAUAACACUGGAGUCCGACUCCAGUGGUGUCUUUCUCUCCUUAUCCAAUCAGAGUCAGGAGGACGGAGGCUCCGACAGCGACCAGCCAGUCAGUGGCUCGGACUUAGGCAGCAGCACGUCACUGGAGAAAGACGCAGAAGAAGGAGGCUUAAAGGAAUGGGGAAGGGAGGAGAGUGCAGAGCUACAGUGGUGCUACCCGUCACUCCUCGAGACGUCACAUGACGACUCGGGAUUUAGUAAAACAGAGCAAACACACUGUGGAGAGGGCGAUGAACAGAGCAUGAGAGAAAGUGAGAGACAGAGGGAAGAAAUACCACACAGGAAAAAAGUGACCCUAAGGGGGAUUGAGUCCCCUCUUGCUCUGUCUCCCUCCAAACAAGCAGUCCGACGCUUUUUAGAUCCUAAUCAGAAACCAAUCAGAAGCUCUGGACUGGACUGUGGUGACAUAGAUCCCUUUGUCCAAUCGGACAGCUUUGUUUACCUCGCUGUUUCUGCAAGACGCGCCUCCCAAGGUGAAGUCACCGCAUUGACAGAAGUUACCACCCUUGAUACAAAACAAGAUUUGAUACAAAAAAGACUUGACAAUAUGAUGCCACAUUUCGGCAGCAUGACAACACACUUGGACUGGUCAAAUCCAGAACAGGCUGCCAAGCUGACUCACCUUGGCCCACAAAAGCCAGAGGAAGGUGAUUUUCUGUGCACGGACAGCUUUGUCUAUCUGGCUGCUCCAGCCUGUCUCCUGCUGGGGCCUCCAGGAUCCACAGCUUACAGUGGCAGGGAUUCGGACUCAGAGAGUUCAGGUUCUGGCCCUGUUGAUGUAUCGGUACUGGGUUGUGAUUCAGUGGCAGGAGACAGUGACUGGGACUCUGACCUGUCUGACUCAGAUCCCAGUCGCUCCUCCAGAAACUGCGCUGCCGGAAACAAAUCUGCCGGAGUGUCACGACCCAAGCGGCUGUCGACCGAACCCGACUGGGACUUGUUCGGAGAAGCGACUGAGCCUGAAGUGCUGACUGAGCUCUUCACAGAGCAGGACAGAAACAACAAUGGCAGAGCAAGAACAGUUACCGGGGUAACCACCUGCAUGCAAGGGACUCCAGGCAUCCCCAUGGCAACUCAGCCUGUCACUCCACCAGUGAAUCCCUCAACAACAAUAGAGCAGUCGUCCACGACGAAGAAAGUGACGUGGCAGUUCAAACCCACCCAGAGGUCCGUCUGCACAGGAAGCAGGAAGGAGAAAGAGAAGGAUGUGACAUCAUCAACGUCAUUUGUAAGGUUUACGGAAAUGGACGGAGGUGAGACGCGUAGACCUCCCCCUUCAUCUUCAUCGUCAUCAUCAUCUUCACCGUCAUCGUCGUCCUCAGGUUGACACGUGAAGGACCUUGCGUUGUUGUAACAUUUGGGAAAAGCUUUCGUUGCCUGAAGCUGAUUGUGUCGCUGAAAGGUUUUGUUUUGUAGAAACUGCUUCAACACUUACAGCUUUUUCCUUGUUGUUUUUUGCCUGUGAAUUUUGAAUUUAGCUGCUGCCUUUGCCUUCUUAUAUAUAUAUAUAUAUAUAUAUAUA